AUGGCGGACCUCCUCGGCGAUCCGGCGUGGCCGCAGCUCCACCCGCGGCCCUGCACCGACACGCCAUGGCCAAGCCUACAGUGCGAGCUUGCGCCCGACGACGUGCGCGUGCUCCGCGCCACCCGCCUCCACCUGGGCCCCGACGUCGCCACCCCGCCCUGCAGGCCCGGGGCCAGGCUCGACCCUGCCUCGCUGCGCGGCCUACCGCACCUCCGGACGCUCUCCAUCUUCGUCUGUUUCGGUGCCGCCCAGGCCCCCGUCGAGCUGUCGCCCGCGCUAUUCACGUCGUCGUCCUCGCUCGAGCAGAUCAUGCUCAAGUCCAACCCCAGCCUCACCUCCCCCAUACCGGCGACGUUGGUUAUCAUUGUUUUUGAGGAAAAAAUAGCGUAUUAGUAUUGACACAUCGCGUAUCCAUAGGAAGUCUCGUAAUUGAUUAAUAACAUCUUGUUGAUCACAGGUGUAGCUAUUAGACAAUAUAUGUGUUUGAUAUAUGAACAUGUAUGGUGUUUAGUUGCUUCUUCUACUUUGUUCUAAUUGAUGAAUAAAAAAUGAAUGAGUCUUUCCUCCUUUUCCUCCUGUCGGGAGAUUACAUCUCAUGAAAUGAUCCAAAAUUAAUUA